AUGAAAGGGCUGGCGUGCUUCACAGAUGCAGCCUCGGGCAGAAUUGCUUCUACAAGCCAUGCAACAAAAGGCCUUUGUGUGGCGCAGCUUUACAACGGCCCGGCGUCCAUUUGUGAGUAUGUGUCGAAGGCCCGCACACGGGGCCAACUGGACGAAAACACCGUGUUUGAUCUGCUGCUGAUCCUCCUGCAAGGUGGUUGGCGGGAAGUUGGGAAGGCCUCAAAGACACGCGUGUCUCCUUACGUUGCCGAUGGGCCCAAAAUUGUGUACUACGACACAGGGUCUGCUACCAUCAGCCGGUUGUACUUGCGGUGUUUGAUCCAGGCAGAUGAGAUUUUGGCCAAAGGCGUGUGGUCAAUCCACCAUUUCCAGCCCCAGUUGUACUACAAAUGCCUGCUGGAAUGCCACGCUGCACAAGCAGCACGUGUAGCCCCCAACCUCAAGACAGCAGCUUACCGACGGCUUCUGGGUUUGCCCACAGCGGGGGCAGCUACAUCUGCUGCAGAAGAUGUGGAAGGUGGCCGAGGUUACUUCGGCCGCGGCCGCGGUCGCGGACAGAAGAGACAGCGAGCUCAGACAGGUGCGGGUGCCGCAGAUGUACACGCUGUUGAGCAACCGGGCGAUGCCGGCGUCUGCGAUGGUGAUGAGUCCGACAGCGCGGGCAGCCCAUCCACUCCCGCUUCUGUCCGAGAGGAGGUCGCUAGGAGGAUUGCAGCAGGCGAUGUGUCUGGCCUGUCGUCAGACCACGACGACAGUGACGACGGUGCACCUGGGUCUGCGCGGGAUCCACAGGCCCUGUGGGGCAAACGGCGACGGCGACAGCGCACUGCGGUUGCGGCAGGGCCUUCGAGCAGCAUUUACGAUGAGAGUACCGUACGCAUUGGCCCCUUCGCCAUCGUUAGAGGGCACAUCGCUGGGGUGCCGGCAAUGUUCGUGAAUUGCCCACUCCACACCUACAGAGAUUCUGACGGCACCCUACACCGAUGCUCCAAGAGCAUGCAACUCAACCAGCCAGAUGAAGCCACUGUGCUAAAGCGCCUCCACCAGUGGGUGUAUGCAGGAACGCAAAUGGUCCGAGCACCUGCGGAGACUCAGGAGGACGUCCGUUUACGACACGUGCGAACGGUCCCCUCUCGCGAUCCAGCGGAUCUUGGUGAUCAAGCCGAGCUUGCUGCGCAUGUUGUGGAGUACUGUCGGCAGCACAACAUUCGCUAG